AUGGAAUUUUUAAAUUCAGCUGUUGGGAAAAACAUCACAUUUGUGAAACCUGCAUAUUUCAUAAUAAGUGCAUUUAAUGGCAUAGCUAAUAUUAGGUAUUACUUUGUCUUUCUGUGCUUUAUUUACAUUUUUUCAGUGGUGGGAAACACACUACUGAUGAUUGUCAUAAUUUUGGAUCAUACAUUGAGAAGUCCAAAACAUAUUGGAGUUGUGAACUUUGCAUUUACAGACCUGUUAAGUAGCUCUGCUUUGAUGCCAAAGCUUGUUGACAUUUUUCUGUUUAACCAUCACCAUAUCUCCUACAAUGACUGCUUGGCAUUCAUGUUUUUCUGCUUGACCUUUUUUGCAGCUCAGGCUUUUAAUCUGGUUGUGUUGUCCUUUGACAGAGUCCUGGCUAUCACGUACCCGCUGCACUACCAAAUGAGAAUCAGCCACAAGCUCAUUUUAUCUUUGAUCGCUUUUUUCUGGCUUCUUGCAAUUACUAUCAUACUCACUGCAGUUGGUCUUCUCACAAGACUUUCUUUCUGUGACUCUGUGGUUAUUCAGAGCUUUUUCUGUGAUCAUGGACCUGUGUAUCAGCUUGGCUGCAAUGAUCUUACUCCAAAUCGUGUAAUUGCUCAUUUGGCACCAGUUCAUGUUCUUUGGGUUCCACUGGCAUUUAUCGUGGGAAGUUACUGCUGUAUUGGUUAUUCUUUGUCAAAAACUGUUACAUGUAGGGAAAGACUAAAGGCUUUAAAAACCUGCACAAGUCACCUUUCAUUAGUGGCAAUUUAUUUCCUCCCUGCACUAUUUAUCUUUACCUUUGGGAGUACAAUACUUCCAAAUGCAAGGACUGUAAGUCUAUCUUUGGCCACUGUCAUGCCUUUGACUUUAAAUCCAAUAAUCUAUGGUCUUCAGACACAGGAAAUCAAAGAAUCGUUAAAGAAGUUAUUAAAAGUUAAAAUGCAAUUUAAAAUU